CACUUUUUGCUUCCUAUCCGAUAAACCCGACCCAUCGGGCCCAAUUUUCGCCAGAGCACCAGGUACGAAGUGAAGGAGGUGUCCUUGGAUGCGCCAACAACCUGUGGUGACUCUGAGUGUCUGUGCGUAACUGGGUCACAGGUUGACUAAUUAGGGAGUGUCAGUGUGAGAAGGUUAACCUGCACCCAAGGUAGCAGUUAGUCGCCAAAGUUGCAUUGUUUGCCGGCUAAGGCAGCAGGGAGAAGGUCAAUCUGUCCCCAACCCGUUCGACCACAUCUAUGACCUUUGGCCUACUUAAACAUGGCUAAGGUUAUGAAGAGAUCUCCAGUCUUAUUUGCUGUAGUUUCGAUUUCAUCUUUCUUCCUGCUGCAGAAAUACAUGUACAACCUUACGAACUUCAGUACAAAACGCCUGGUGAAGAGAGAAGUUACAGCCUUUGGCACUAAGGGUUCAUUCCUCGACUGGUACAACGUUACAUCAGCAUUUCGUAUUAGCAAUCAGACAAGUCGCUAUUUCAACCCAUCAGAAAAUUUCGCCAUCAUCGACUAUAACCAAUGUAAGAAAACUGGAACGUCUGUUGUCACGACAACACCAGUGGGACAUUACCGGACAUGCGCAGUAGUCGGCAACAGUGGCAUUCUCCGUGACAGCGGCUGUGGGAACGACAUUGACCGCAAUGAUUUUGUUAUCAGAUUAAAUGAUGCUCCAUUAAAGACAUUCGAACAGGAUGUCGGUGAGAAGACGAACAUGACCAUUAUCAACCGCAUAGUGUUAGACAAAAUGGAUAGAGUCGAUUUUGACCCCCAAUGGAUAAUUUCUCGGAAUAACUCCAUAAUGAGCUAUACACUCGGCACCCACACAAACCUUCCUGCUUUAAACACGAUGAUAAGGAGGCUGGAUCUUAACAUCACAAUCACGUGUUCGGUGUCUCCACCAAGGCGUGAUAUCAAAACGUUCUGGAAUGAGAAGUACAACAGCAACCUUUCCAAGGAAGUUACGUCUGCCGGACUCAAUACCUACACCCUUGCCAGUACAUUUUGUGACAUCAUCACCCUAUAUGGCUUCUACCCAUAUCAAACGGAUGUUCACAACAAAACACUAUAUUACCAUUACUACGACGAGACGCCCAUGGAAAUUUUGGUCAAUUUUGGUAUACAUGAUUAUUUUCACCAGCAUGAACUUUUAAAAUCACUACAUGACAGUGGGGCACUUAAGUUGGUAACGGAUGUAUGUAAAUAAUGACUUGCUAUGCUAACCUAUACAGGAGUAAACAUAUUGAUUUAGGUUACUUUUUUCGUCUUUCUGUUCCAGACAAAUGAAACUAUUGCUGACAGUAAAAAUCAAGGCGAUGGUUGUUCGUUAUUUUGUUAUGUUUUCCAAAGGAAAGCAUAUUGUUUUUCCUCAGUUUCUUCCUCUU